AUGCCAGGACACGAUUGGGAGUCUAUGUGGGCUGCCGGCCUCGAGCCAGGGCAGGCUUUCGAUGCCAGCAGGGUCGAGCCCGCGUUCCUCGACCUCAUAAUGACAGGGACGCUACCUAAAGGAGACGCGCUGGUUCCUGGAUGUGGCAGAGGGUACGCGGUGGCAGCUCUGGGGUCAGCCGAAAGGAAAGUCACGGGGUUGGAGAUUUCGGCCACAGCGAAGGCCGCUGCGGACACGUACCUGUCCACGGCCAAAGCCGGCGACGGCAGCGCAGCCUCCGAGCACUGCACCGUUGUGGUGGACGACUUCUUCACCCAUACGGGACGGUACGAUCUGGUCUACGAUUGCACCUUUCUCUGCGCCAUUCCCCCUAGUCGUCGAGAGGAGUGGGCUGCGCAGAUGUCCAAGCUCAUAAAGCCCGGGGGUGAGAUUGUGUCGCUGGUGUUCCCCUUGGGCGACUACGAGGGCGGACCGCCGUUCGCGCUGUCAACGACAAUCGUCGAGGAUUUACUCUUACCCGCGGGGUUCGAGCGUGUCAGCCUGACCAAGGUGCCCGAGGAGAAGCUUGCGCGAACCGCCCCGCGCGGCGAACGAGGAGAGUACCUCUACCGCUGGAAAAGGCUUUAA